GUAAGUCUGUUGCUUGAGUCAUCCUACUUCCAAUCACUCCUCUUUUUAAGUCAUAUGCUGUUACUCAUAAUAAACUAGAGUGAGGAACCAUUAUCCGUCUAAUUUAAAUCUCAACUAUGACCCUUCUCCCUCAUUUAUAUUUUCUUGUGUCAAUCAAGAGAGACAUCCCAUUAGUUUGGCUUCACGUGAUUGGACUUACUGGGACACUUCGUAUUUGUUACGGUUAAGGAGUAUAUGAGUGGCACCUGUUUAGCAUUUUACAGGCUAGUUUCUGUCAGUUUACGCCGAAUUCCCAAGCCUUGAUGACCAGAAGCAUAUAUUUCCUCCUCUCCAGAAAUAAUUGCCAGUGGUGAUUCUCCUCACUCCGCCAAAUUGUGUGGCUGGUAGUCAUGCUUCUCUUUUUGUGCAUGCCUGUUGAUGGCGUUCUAAUUCACAGGGCUGUAGCCUACACCUAUCAUGCAAUUUCGGUGGUUAAUUGGAACACUAACAUAGAUAGUAUAGUUCAUGCUCUGGACCUGAAGCUUCAAGCUAGGUGGUCUUCUGUAGGCCUAGAUCCGUUUGCCUGUAAAGGAUUGAAUGACAAAUGAUGUAAACUGAUGAAUAAUAUAUCGAUAAUCUAAGGAAUUUUUCUAUUGACUAGACAUGUGGAAGUGCCAGUGGUGCUUGUAUAUGCUGUAAGUGGAAAAGAGGAAGGUUGAGUUAUUUGCUGGUCUAACUUAGCCAUACUGUCUAUUUUGACUACUGAGAUUGCUAUCGAGUCAUGGGGCAUAGACAUUUAUAUAGCUCAUCUCCAAUGCUUGAUGGUGAACCUGACCAGAACUGGAAUCAUAUGCAUACUGAUCAACAAUAUGUGAACCUUGAUUGGAUCUCUAUUGCAGGUAGGAGUACCACUUCCGACAAUGGCUCUUUUAUUUAUCCUAUGGAAAAUAUGUCCAUAGAUAGCAUCUCUUUUCCAUCUCAUUGGAACACUGCUCCAAGGUCAAAUGGGUAUACCUCCACAAGUCUCAACAUUGAAGCACCCUCUCAUCAAACAGAUAUAUCAGGCACUUCUAAUGAUCAUUUUCUGCAUCCAUCAAGUGGUGGAAUGUUUUAUGCGGUGUCUGAAAAUUAUGUACACCAGCCUUCUAGUUCCAAUUAUGACAGACAAUCAUUUCCGGUUGCUGAUGGGGGUUUUAUUGAUCUCGCAAUGGGAAAUGGGCGAGGGCCUGGGCCUCAUAAGCGGAAGAGCCCUGGAGUUCCUUCAGUCUGUGAGAGAGGAAGUACAAGCAGAUGUUUUAAUGCUGCAAGUGCAAAUGCAGCUGAUCGUCCUACAUCUUCAGAAUUGCGGCCUGAGAAGCCCACUAUGGAUUCACUAUAUAUGCCUUGGGAUCAUGUUAAUAUGACACCUGAUCAUGUGAAUAUGACACCCUCAUUUAGAGGUAGAGGCCUUUCAAUACGGGGUGAAAGUUCUUUAAGGAAUGUGAGGAGUCGUUCUACACUUGAUUUGGAGUCCAACCUGGCUAGGACCCAUUUAUCGAAUACUCAUUCACACAACUCAUUCUCUACCGGUCCCCAAAUGGACCAUUCUACCAUGGUAGAUCUUUCUACUCAAACUUCUGGAUCUUUGACAAGGGAUUGGAGCCAAAUGAGUGUGUGUCUUGCUCAUGGAAGGGUGCCAUCAUCAGAUGCAAAUGCUUUUAAUCACGAGGCUAAUCAUUUCCUUGCUGGAAAUGGUUCUAGUAAUGCUCCAGUAGAUGUUGGAGGUUUUCAUAAUGAAUUUGGAACUAGCAGAAAUCCUACUGCUCCACAAAGUUUUCAUAGUAAUUGUCCGGCUCAACCUGCUAGAGGAGUUCGCAGUAACUACUCUCAAAGAUCUACUCCAACUUUUAGGGCUUCUUCCAGCUUGCGCUUGGGUCGCAUGGCACCUUCUGAUGAUGGAUUGCAUAUGGUGGCUGAAAGUUACUCUUCUAGACAUCCAAGGCCAUUGACCACCAUUGGCUGGCACAGCAAUGAUAGAAAUGGAAGGUCAAGAAUACAUAGUGAUAGAUAUCGAGCAUUGGCUGAUGAGGUUGGUCUUAAUGAUCAAUUUAGCUUUGAGGGUUUCAUGAUUGUUGAUCGCACUUCACUGUAUGGUAGGAAUAUGAUUGAUCAACAUAGAGACAUGAGGAUGGACAUAGACAACAUGAGUUAUGAGGAACUCCUUGCACUCGGAGAGAGAAUAGGCCAUGUGAGCACAGGAUUGUCUGAGGAUUUGAUUUCCAAGUAUUUGACAGAAACGAUAUACUGUUCAUCCGAGCCAAGUCAAGAAGAAGAAGCUUGUGCAAUCUGCCUGGAAGAAUAUAAGAACGUGGACGAUGUUGGAACGCUGAAAGCUUGUGGGCAUGAUUACCAUGUGAGUUGCAUUAGAAAAUGGUUAUCUAUGAAGAAAGUAUGUCCUAUCUGCAAAGCUUCUGCUUUGCCUGAGGAAACGAAGGAUAAAUAAGCAACAUAUUCAUUCUACUUUAGUUUAACGUAUAUCAUUCUGUACAUAUAUUUGGAUAUUCUUGAACUGAAGGAAACAGACUUCCUUUUGGAUAUGUUGUAAUAGGAAUGGUACUCUAUCUCAAUGGAUUCGUUGCCUUUGGCUUCACUCUUAAUUAUGUGAAGCCUUCAAAUUAUGGUACUUCCAUAUUUGAUU